AUGGAUAAAUCAAAAUUGGUAUAGCAUACAUCAUCUUUGAAUACUAAUUUAUAAUAUUACCUUAAUAAAUUUGAGAAGAAUCAAGAAUGGGCUGAUAUUGCUCCAUUACUAAUGAAAAUUGAAGGUUUAUUAAAACAGCAUCCAUCUCCAUACAUAAUUGAAAAGAUUCAAUUAAGCAAAAGAUUAGCAUAAUGUCUUAAUCCUCAUGUAUGACUUUAAUAGAUUUGUUAGCUAUCAGCUCCAAUUCAUAUAUCAGUGUUAAAGAUUUAUGAUCAAUUAUUUAAAAAUAUGGCAAAUUUUAGUGUUGAAGGUGAUCCAUCUGGUGUUGUAAAAUUGUAUUUAGAAGACCUUGCUUUAUAUUCAAUAGGUUUACUUCCCUUUUUUUCUAAUGCAUCUUCUAAAGUAAGACCAUAAUUCUUGGAAUUAAUUAUUUAACAUUAUGUACCUUUGGGUAGAGAAUUAAUUCCAAUGUUACCUGGAUUAGUUGCUAGUAUAUUGCCAGGAUUGGAUGAUUAAUAGGAAAACAAUUAAAAAAAAUGUAUGACUGUAUUGGAUGCAUUGAGUCAAUCAGCAGGUAGAAAAUUCCUUAUUGGAUCAGUAUGGAUGUCAAUGCUUAGAAGCCCAAAAUGUAGAAGGUAAUUUAAUAUAGAUUAAUUUUAGUUCAUCUUUAAAGUAUCUAUCUUAGAAGAUUCCAAAAAUGUAAUAGGAAUAAGAGGAUGAAUAAUCAGAUUAUGAAAGCGAUGAAUAUGAAGAUGAAGAAUAAUAGAAAUCAUCAUCUAUUGCAUAGGAAUAAAUGUAAUAGUAGUAGAAAGUGACAUAAAAUAAUUAAGAUAUAGAUGAUAUUAAAGAUGAUUCUAUGGAAUAGAUUAUGGAUAAUAAUGCUUAAAAUGAAAUAAGAAAAAGAACUAUUGUUGUUGAAUAGAGCAUGGAGUUAAAACGUAAAUAAGCUUUAAUGAUGAUUGAAGAUGGUAUUAAUGAAGAAACACAUGAAAACAAUUUUCCAUCACUUUAUGUAUCUGCUCUCAUUUCUUGUUUGGAAGAUGAAAAGUAUUUUCUAAAAUCAUAUUUAGUUAAUUAAUCAAAAGGUAGGCUCUUGAUAUGAUGUACACACAUUUGAAAUCAAAUGUUAUUUAAGAAAAUAAGGAAAUUUUAGUUGAAGCUUCAUUAAAGUUACUUAUAAGAAAAGAUUUAUCUGUAACAAGAAGAGUCAAUUAAUGGUUAUUUGGUAAACCAGAUAUGGAUAAUAAAUAUUAAAUAACUGAAUAAAAUAAAGAUAUUCUAUAAUAUGUUGUGAAUUCAUUCAAUAAAUUUUUAGAAUAAGAAGCAAAUGAUCAGAAUGCAGUCUUUCCAAUAAAAUUAUUAUAAAAUUUCUUCAUGGAACAUGAUCAUAUGGUUGAAUUAUUAAUAGGUAANAAGAAUCAAGAAUGGGCUGAUAUUGCUCCAUUACUAAUGAAAAUUGAAGGUUUAUUAAAACAGCAUCCAUCUCCAUACAUAAUUGAAAAGAUUCAAUUAAGCAAAAGAUUAGCAUAAUGUCUUAAUCCUCAUGUAUGACUUUAAUAGAUUUGUUAGCUAUCAGCUCCAAUUCAUAUAUCAGUGUUAAAGAUUUAUGAUCAAUUAUUUAAAAAUAUGGCAAAUUUUAGUGUUGAAGGUGAUCCAUCUGGUGUUGUAAAAUUGUAUUUAGAAGACCUUGCUUUAUAUUCAAUAGGUUUACUUCCCUUUUUUUCUAAUGCAUCUUCUAAAGUAAGACCAUAAUUCUUGGAAUUAAUUAUUUAACAUUAUGUACCUUUGGGUAGAGAAUUAAUUCCAAUGUUACCUGGAUUAGUUGCUAGUAUAUUGCCAGGAUUGGAUGAUUAAUAGGAAAACAAUUAAAAAAAAUGUAUGACUGUAUUGGAUGCAUUGAGUCAAUCAGCAGGUAGAAAAUUCCUUAUUGGAUCAGUAUGGAUGUCAAUGCUUAGAAGCCCAAAAUGUAGAAGGUAAUUUAAUAUAGAUUAAUUUUAGUUCAUCUUUAAAGUAUCUAUCUUAGAAGAUUCCAAAAAUGUAAUAGGAAUAAGAGGAUGAAUAAUCAGAUUAUGAAAGCGAUGAAUAUGAAGAUGAAGAAUAAUAGAAAUCAUCAUCUAUUGCAUAGGAAUAAAUGUAAUAGUAGUAGAAAGUGACAUAAAAUAAUUAAGAUAUAGAUGAUAUUAAAGAUGAUUCUAUGGAAUAGAUUAUGGAUAAUAAUGCUUAAAAUGAAAUAAGAAAAAGAACUAUUGUUGUUGAAUAGAGCAUGGAGUUAAAACGUAAAUAAGCUUUAAUGAUGAUUGAAGAUGGUAUUAAUGAAGAAACACAUGAAAACAAUUUUCCAUCACUUUAUGUAUCUGCUCUCAUUUCUUGUUUGGAAGAUGAAAAGUAUUUUCUAAAAUCAUAUUUAGUUAAUUAAUCAAAAGGUAGGCUCUUGAUAUGAUGUACACACAUUUGAAAUCAAAUGUUAUUUAAGAAAAUAAGGAAAUUUUAGUUGAAGCUUCAUUAAAGUUACUUAUAAGAAAAGAUUUAUCUGUAACAAGAAGAGUCAAUUAAUGGUUAUUUGGUAAACCAGAUAUGGAUAAUAAAUAUUAAAUAACUGAAUAAAAUAAAGAUAUUCUAUAAUAUGUUGUGAAUUCAUUCAAUAAAUUUUUAGAAUAAGAAGCAAAUGAUCAGAAUGCAGUCUUUCCAAUAAAAUUAUUAUAAAAUUUCUUCAUGGAACAUGAUCAUAUGGUUGAAUUAUUAAUAGGUAAAGUAUCAUAUAAUUUAAUAAAAUAUGUUGAGAUUUACCAUAAAAAAUAUCCAGAAAUAGUAAAAUCUUGUAAAAGAUUAUUGGAAUCUAUUACAUCAUUUUUAUUGAUUGUAGUUAAUGAAGUUAGCAAAUAAUACAACAAAUACAUAAACUUUUUAUUUUCAACUUUGAUAACAAAAGAGGAUAAUUUUGAUAAAACAGUAGAAUUUACAUUAUUAAGAAGUGCAUCAGCAAAUUUAAUGAGUUGUUUGUCAAUAUUUUCUCCUGAAGAAUUAAGAAAAUAAUCACCUGGUUCAACUUUGAAUAAAUUAUUAGUAAGAAUGGAAUAAUUGCCCUAAUAAUAAGAUAAUUAAUUGGUAAGACCAGCUUAAACUUCUGAAUAUGAUGAAGCUAUAGAAGAAUUUGGUUCAUUAUAUUAGAAACUAGCAGAUGUAAUUCUUGAAGGAAAUGAAUAAUUAAGAGUAGAAUUUGAAUCAAUUAGUAAAUCAUUAAUCAAAGGAUAAAGAUUUAAAUAAAAUAAGGAAGUUUCUAAAUUACCGAAGUGGUUUACAUCAAUAACUAAAAUUAUAAAAGAAGAGAAUCCCUCUAUUUCUUUAUUAGCUAUAUAAAGUAUGAUUGAAAUUUUGAUAUCUGAGAAAGUUGACAUUAUUUAUGAAAAUUUAAAAAAAUUAAUUGUUGAAGAAAGUAGAACUAAGAUGCUGAAAAAUCAAAUUGUAGAAGGAUAAGAUUACACUAAACUAACUUUAGAAAAAUUAUGGAAUCUCCUUGAUUAUCCUUUUUUUCAUGAAAGAAUCAUAGAGAUGAUUGUCAAUUUAUCAAAAGUAUUUCCAACAUUUUUUACAGAAGUUGUAAUUCAUUAAUUUAAAAAUAUGUAAGAAGCAGCAAUCAGAAGAUUUGCUCUCUUUUGGAAAUUAAGUGCAACUCAUUAUAAAGAAUUAUAAGAUUUAAAUAAAGUGGGUUUGUUUCUAAUGUUAGAUUUCUUAGAUCAUGAAAAUCCAAUUAUCAGACAUAAUGCUAAAAAUUGGUUAUUAGAAUCAACAGGAAUGUUAGAGAGAAUUCUUGAUCCUCUUUUUGAAGUACUCAUUUAAAGUAGUUCAUCAUGGUAUUUAACUGACAAUCAAUAAAUAUUCUUUGCCAAAGUUUAUGAAACCAAAAGGAUCAAUGAAACAAUAAAAAAAUUAAAAUCUAUUUUAAUCUCCUUUAGUGCUAUAUUUAUGGAAUAUGUCUAAGAGACAGAAAUUUCAUCAUACAUAAAAGAUAUUAGAAUGCAUUUCACAAGUGAAGGUAGUGUGAUCAUGUAAAAAGAUACCAUGAUGUAUAUAGAUUUAUUGGUUAUAAUUUGCUUAAAAUAUGUAUAAGGAUAAGCAAUAGAGAGUAUGUCUUUGAAAUUCUACAAAGAAAAUGCAGCAGUUAAUGCAUCUGCAUGUGAAUAUAUUGAAUUAUUAAUUGUCAAUGUUGAAAAUCCAAUUGUCUCCUUAAAAUUUGCUGAAUAUAUUAUGUAACCAUUACAGAUUGUUUUAUAUCAUGCAAUAGAAAAUGAAGAUCUUGUUAUGCAAGUUCAAAUUUUAAAUCUUUUUAAAGUGAUUUUUUUUAGUUCAUCCUUUAGAACCAAAUUCUAACCAGAAUAAAGAGAAUUAAUUGAAGAUACUAUGAGUAGAUCAGUAAGUAAUAGUAUAUUUAUUCCAACUCUUUUGAGAGGAAUGCAUACUCAUGUUCUUUAUGUCAGAGCAUAGUAUAUUCAUUUCAUUAGUACUUGCAUACCUUUAUUGGCUGAACAUCUACGAUAAUAAACUUUAACAGAUUGUGUUUAAUAAAUUUUAACUGCUUAUUUUAAAAUGAUUUAAGAUAUUGCAAAUAGAUAAUAUGAAUAAUAGAAAUCUGAUUAAAAAAUGAAUUAAUUUGACUUUCUUUAAGGAUCAUCUCAACAUGAAAUUUAAUCAAUCUUAAUUGGAGUUAAAACUAUCUUAAAACAUAUUCUUGGAUUACAAGAAAGAGAUGAUAUGAUUUAUGAAAAAUUGAAGGAAGAUAAUACUAUUUUCAAUACUGUUAAAUCUGUUAUCACUUUUGGAUUACUUAAUGUUUAAGAUUAAAAUAAGUCUACUAAAUUAGUUUUUUAGAAGUUUUAAAAUACUUGUGAAGUGAUUAUGUCAACAUUACCUUCUAUUUUAGAAUUAUAUAUUAAUUGUUGGUCAUUAGGAUAAGAUUUCAUUAAAUAUGCUGAUACUUUAACUGCUAUGGGUAUUGGAUCCUAUUCAUUUGAAAAAUUCAAUUCAUUCAAUAAAAUUCUGUAAGAAUAAUAAACUAAAGAAACCAAUAUUGUAAAACCUUAAAUUCUAUAAAUGAUGAAACCAUUAUUCAUGAGUUAUUCAAAAUAAUUCAUGACAGCAUUAUUAUCAGUAUGGAGUAAUUAACUCAAUUAAUUGUAAAGAUUAUUCUUUGAAAAUGAAUAAAUUUUAAUCGAUCCUUUCUCUCUUCAUUAAAAUACAUUCCUUUUGAAAACUAUAGAAAUUAUGAUUAUGAUGUAAUGUCCAAUUGAGCUAUUCUUGGAUAGUCUUUUGGAAUGUUAAUAAUUAUAAGAAUUACAAAAAUAUUAUGAUAUAUAUAGAAGAAAGAAAUUAUAGACAACAAUGCUAAAUUUUUAGAUAUCAUAAUAGGAAACAAACAUUCUAUAUUUUUUGUAUUGUUAUUUUACUUAUGUUCAAAUAGAUUCACAUUAAUUAAAAAAAGAAAAUCUUCUUCCAUUUUGGAUGUAAAUAAUGAAAAUCCUAUAAAUAUUGGCAUUAUCAAAAUCUCCUAGCACAAAUAUGUGGCUUUUAGAAUUAUAAUUACUAUUAACUCGUAAAUAUUCUCCAAAAGAGAUAAUUGGAGAUUAAAGAUUUAGAAAUUAACAUCAUGAAUUUAUAAAUGAUAAAUUAAGAUAUGUUGCUUAAUUUGGAGGAAAAUUAAAUAUUUUUUGGAAUGAUCCAGGUUAAAAGCCUGAUGGAGAUGAUUUAUUUGAAUAAUAUAUAAUAAAAUUUAAGGUUGUUACACCUUUAACACCAACAUUAUAUGAUAUAUAUUUGAAUGUAAUAAAAUCUUUGAAUAAAGAACUUUAAUAUGAAGUAACAGAUAUAGAAUAAUUGAUAUUUAGUCAACUUAGUAGUGUAAUAGAAGAUUACAUUUAGACAAAGUAUAGAUUGAUGUGCAUUAAGACAUUAAAAAAUGUAGCAUUAGAAUUAUUAUAAAAUUCUUAUGCAGUAGAAAAAACAGAGAGAGUUGUUUUAAGAUGUAAAGAAAUGAUGGAUAUUUUGUAUCCUCUUUUAGAAAAUAGAAGUCAAUAUAAUUAGAUUUAUGUUUAAAUAAUUUCAGAAAUGUUAUACUCUUAAUUAGAUAAAGCUAGAUAAGUUUUAUUGAAAGUUUAUAAAGAUUCUAUCUUAAAUAUAUUCAAUAAAGAAGACUUUUUUAUAUAAUCGAAACAAACAUUAAAGUAUUGGACUAAAAUAAUAAAUUGGGUAGUUUAAUAUGGUAGAAGUGAUUUAUUCACUUAGUAUUUGGAGUAGGUUGCUUAAUAAUCAUCAUUUUUUUUUAGUAGAGAAAGUGAAGAGAAUAAGAGGAGAAUUAAAACUUUUGAAAGAAUAUGCUUUUUGAUUUUUAGUGGAGAAAGAGAUCGUUAUACAAAAAAAUUAGAUUUAUUAAUUGAAAAAAUAUCUGAAGUUAUAAAAUCAGAUUCAGCUAAUCCAGGAUUAGUUAUGCUUAUUUUAUUUUGUGUAAGAAUUCUCAUUUUGAGAUUAUCACCAAUUUAAUUAAAUGAAUUGUUUAGAAACAUGUGGCCUACACUAUUAACUUUAUUAAUCAGUAUUUUUAAAAAUAAAUAGUCAAACUAAAAUUUGGUUCUGGCAGCAUUAAAAUUAGUAGAAAUGAUCUCUUUUAUGUAAUAGGAUGAAUUCUUUCUACAUUAAUGGAUAUUUAUUUAUGAUUAUUUUGGAAUCAAGAUUCAAGAGAAUUAGGGAAUUGGAGUUCCGAUUACUCCAUUUUUAUAUUAGCCUUAUUGUUCGAAUUUCUUAUUUUAGCAAUAUUCAGUUGAUUAUAGCAAAGUAGAAUUGAAAAAUGUGACUGAUCCUUAAAAAAGAGAAAUAAUGAUAAAGUAGAUCAAAGUGGAUGGAUAGUAAUAAUUAGAGGAUAUAUCUUUGUAAUUGUGUAAUUAUUUGGUACAGUUGAAUAGUAUGAGGAUUUACACAAUUAACGAAGAUAUAGAAGACUUGAUAGAGAAUGAUUUCAUCUAAUUGGAUUAGUUUAUUUAUGAAUAAUAAUGA